AUGUCUUUCCUCCUAAAAAGUAUGGUCAGCAACCAGGUGAAGAACCUGGGUCUGGGCGGCGGGGAAGAGAAGUCCGAGGACUCUACCCCGGCGGACCCGGCGGCUGCCGCCGGGAUGACCCGCGAGGAGUAUGAGGAGUACCAAAAGCAGCUGGUGGAGGAGAAGAUGCAAAGAGAUGCAGACUUCCUACAUAAGAAGGCUGAGAGGGCGACUCUACGGGUGUGUUUGAGAGAAAAAUACAGGCUGCCAAAGAGCGAGCAGGAUGAGAACAUGAUCCAGAUGGCAGGUGACGACGUGGACGUGCCAGAGGAGCUGCUGAAGAUGGUGGAUGAGGACGCCACGGAAGAGGAAGAGAAGGACUCCAUUCUCGGCCAGAUACAAAACCUCCAGAACAUGGACAUGGACCAGAUCAAGGAGAAGGCCCAGGCCACCUUCACCGAGAUGAAAACAAAGGCGGAAGAGAAGUGCUCUCUCAUGUAA